ACCAUUACCAAGUUUUAUAGGGUUUAAAUAGACCAUUCGCACGCACAAAAAGUUCCAUUCCGCGAUUAUUACUCAUUCGUUUUCUUCUGCCUCUAAAAAUCCCCUUUGCUCUCUUUGCCCUAAUCUUCGACAACCAUGGCACGCCGUAGCUCCGGAGGAAGAUCUGCUCGUCCAGCUCCACGUGCUGCACCACGUCCUGCUCCAGUUAACCACGCUCCUCCUCCAGCUAAUCCUCAGAGUGGUGGCGGCGGCAUGCUUAGUGGCAUUGGUUCAACCAUUGCUCAAGGUAUGGCUUUUGGAACUGGAAGUGCAAUGGCACACAGGGCCGUGGAUGCUGUUGUGGGUCCUCGCACCAUUCAACAUGAAGCAGUAGUUAAUGAGGCUGCUGCAGCAGCUCCUGCACCAACUUCAAGCUCUUUUGGCAGUGAUGCAUGCAAUAUUCAUUCAAAGGCAUUCCAAGAUUGCAUCAACCACUACGGAACUGAGAUUAGCAAGUGCCAGUUUUACAUGGAUAUGCUAGCAGAGUGCAAAAAGAACUCUGGAUCCACAAUGAGUAUGUAACUGCUCUUGGCAUGUUUUGGAGUAAUCGUCUGUGUACUCUGUCUGUCUUAAGUUGGAAUACAACUGCUUGUGUGGUGAUAGAUAUAAUUCCAAUAAAUUUUAUUUGUCUGGUGUCAAACUGAAGUGAAAGUGACAUCAAUCUACCGUUCUAUUUGUUAUCGGUCUCAAAUACUUGAAUGUUUUUUGGUCUCAAAUGUUCCUGGUUUAACUUGUUUUGAAUUUACUUUAAUUACUGUGGAUCAAUUUUCCUCCUC